GAUAUCAAUGGUGUCAAUCUGAUACUUCACAAGGUUAUUAUCUAGAAAUUGCUGAAGCCAAAAAUGUUGCCCAAACUCCAGACUUCCAAUUUUGUAAGGAUCUUGCUGUUCUUCAUAAUAAUAAUCAAAGAGAAAGCAAACAAGAAUUUACAGAGGGCAGGGCCAAAGAAGAAGAAG